AAGGAUAUUAGCGAGGAUUAGCGAAUGAAGUGACUUCUUUUUCAGUUGAGGAUUUGAUGUGAGAACAAAAGUUGUAGUGCAUUGAACCUGAAUUUUAAAUAAAUCUUGUGUUGAUUAGGAUGUAAAGAACAUUCUUGGCUGCAUUCUUUGUGGAAUCUACCAGCAGGUGAAGACAUUCCAUUCAUUCCUCCAUGACUGUUACAUGCAAAUGAGCACCUCUCCAAGGACAUAGUCAACAGGUGUUAUAUGUCUGUCAGUCAGUCUGCAUUGCUCACACACACACAGACAGGCAGUCACACUUGGAGAAUCAUCGAGAGCGGAAAUCAAAUAGAAAUUUGUAUUCUUCUGGGGAACCACUUCCUACGCAUAUAAACCCCUGCUUUGAUUGACCUCUUGCACCCCAAAAAGUUAGGACUGGAAUUGCUACUUCCAUGUUUAGGGGAAAAUUGACUUUUUUCAAGAGUAGUGAGUGAGAACCCACUUGUAUGAACUUUGCUCUUUAAUUUGGGGGGAGUACUGUGGGGAGCUCUGUCUGUAUGUUGUUAGCUGUGUUUGUACUCUGCUUAGAGCCUGCGUUCUGAUUGGUUGAAACUAGUAGCUUGUGGUAAUCUGAAACCAGUGUUUUCUUGAACUAGCUGGUGGUUUUCAGGCGCACAUACAUAGCGUAUAUAUACACACAGCAAUCUUUUGUGUACACUGUGACCCUCCUGCUCCCUGCUCUUUGCUCCAUAAAGUUUAUCUGUGAGUCAAGCGCAGGGUAGUUGAUAGUGCACUCACAGACAUGAGUGGUAAAGACUGGAAAGAGAGAGAAGCAAACGGUGAUUUAGCAGGCAGUGGUACGGCCAGCCUUUCCGAUUCUCUCGAUGGCGUUGUUCCCCAUCCCAACAUGAAAGGCCCGAUUAAGCGCAGACAUUCUGUGCACAACUUUGCGCGUCAACUGAGUUUGCGAAGGAAGCAGAAACUUCAGAGACUUGUGAGCAAGAAUGGAGAAUGCAAUGUGGUUUACACUCAUGUGCCUUCAAGGUGGUCUGACUUCUUCACUGAUAUGUUCACAACACUCAUUGAUUUGAAAUGGAGGUGGCUACUCAUAAUAUUCUCGCUGGCAUACGUGCUGGGAUGGAUGGGUUUUACGUUCGUUUGGUACGCGCUGAUCUGGUAUCAUGGGGAUCUUGGUUACCAGGACAAAAUGGCAGACAAUGUCACAGAAUACGAAGACUGGGAACCAUGUGUUUAUAACGUGCAAAACUUCAUUGGUGCUUUCCUGUUCUCCGUGGAAACGCAGACGACGAUCGGUUAUGGUUAUCGCGGAACGAGUGAAGCAUGUUGGGCAGGAGGGGCCAUCGUCGUGAUCCAGUCCGUCUUUAGUUGCCUGGUGGAUGCCGUCUUUAUCGGUAUGGUCUUCGCAAAAAUUGCACGACCGAAGAAACGUGCCGCAACAAUUAAGUUUAGCCACAAUGCAGUCAUCGCCGAGCGAGACGGCAAGUUGUGCUUGAUGUUCAGAAUAGGAGAUAUUCGCCGGUCGCAUAUUUACGAAGCUCAUAUCAGGGGGCAACUCAUCGGACCUAAAGUUACGGACGAGGGCGAGUGCAUCCCUCUUCAUACGUACAACAUGGAUUUCAGUAACAAUACCGGGGAGGAUAGAAUCUUUCUGGUGUGGCCUAUCGUUAUUUGCCAUGUGAUAGAUGAAAAGAGUCCUCUGUAUAGCAUCUCAGCUGCUGAUCUCCUGGAGAACAACUUUGAGGUGAUCGUAUGCAUGGAGGGUGUUUUAGAACAAACAGGUCUUGUCAUGCAAGCUAGAACAUCAUACUUGCCUUCCGAGAUCCUAUGGGGACAACGCUUCAGUAGCAACCUCAUCAGCAUCAACAAUAAUGAACAAUUCAAAGUGGACUACACCGACUUCAACUCCACCUAUGCAGUCCAGAGCAUGCCUAGCUGCAGUGCGGCAGACUUAGAGCGCAUGAGGUCAGCAGACACGGACUUAUUGAACAAUUCCAAAGUGAAGUCGUCGCCUUCGUCUGUUAAGUCUUCCCCCAAGAAAAGUGUCUUCCGAUACAGCUUGCCUAAAUCACCAAACAGUGCCUUCAACGGAAAUGGGAGCAUCCGAUUUGCGGAUGAUCUGGAAAACGGAGAGAAAAACGGAGAGAAAAUGCACAUGUCCAAUUCUAAGGCCAGUAUGGCUUCUGUGGAGUCGAUGACCAAUGGCAAUGGACAUGUUACACAUGGAAACGGGAUGAAGAGAUCCCCCUCCAGAGAGUCACCAGUAUAGAAAUGGGCCUCCAUUAUUCUGCAUGUAUCUUUCUGCCAAGCCAGCCAGCCAUAGUGUGUGAGAAAGCCAAAACGUCUAUUAUGCAUGUUCAGCUAAAAAGCAAGAAAGCAAAUCAGCAAAGUAGCAGCAAAAUGCAACAGGAUCCUUUUGCCGGGUGAAAAAAAAA